CUCUCCCUUCCCUCUUUCCUCUCUCUCUCGAAAUAUAAUUUUAUAUAUAAAAACUGAAACAAGUAAUCUCUUCCCAGCAACUGAUAAGGUAUAUAAGCUAUAUAUCCAUCCCACCUUUUCUUCAUCUCUGAAUUAUCAAGUCUCUCUCAGUUCCUUUCCCUACACUGAAAUCUCUUUUACUCUGACAAUCUUCAUCCUUUCUCUAGUUUGAACAUGAACCUGAGAUUCUCACCACAAUUCUUAAGAUUUGUGGCACAAGUCUAGCUAGGUCAUGACUUGCAAUGGGAUGGCUUUCUUCCCAACAAAUUUCAUGCUACAAACUUCUCAUGAAGAUGAUCAUCAACCCCCCACCUCUCUCAAUCCAAUUCUAUCAUCAUGCACACCUCAAGACUUUCAUGGGGUUGCAUCGUUUCUAGGAAAGCGAUCAAUGUCGUUCUCAGGAAUCGAUAUUGGUGAAGAAGCAAAUGGAGAGGAUGAUUUGUCUGAUGAUGGGUCACAGGCAGGAGAGAAGAAGAGGAGGCUUAACAUGGAGCAGGUAAAAACCCUUGAAAAGAAUUUUGAAUUGGGGAACAAACUUGAGCCUGAGAGAAAAAUGCAGCUGGCUAGGGCUCUUGGUCUCCAACCAAGACAGAUCGCUAUUUGGUUCCAAAACAGAAGGGCUAGGUGGAAAACCAAACAACUUGAGAAAGACUAUGAUCUCCUCAAGAGACAAUAUGAAGCCAUCAAAGCAGAUAAUGAUGAACUCCAAGCUCAAAACCAGAAGCUUCAUGCUGAGAUAUUGGCACUGAAAAGCAGAGAAGUUACUGAAUCGAUUAAUCUGAAUAAAGAAACUGAGGGGUCUUGCAGUAAUAGAAGUGAGAACAGUUCAGAUAUAAAGUUGGAUAUCUCAAGGAGACCAGCUAUUGACAGCCCUCUAUCUAAUCAUCCAACAAGUAGACCUCUUUUCCCAACUUCAUCUUCAUCAUUGAGGCCAACUCCAACAGGAGUGGCUCAACUUUUCCACAACCACAACACGUCAAGGCCUGACCUCCAGAUGGGUAAAGAAGAAAGUCUUAGCAGCAUGUUCUGUGGCAUGGACGAUCAGUCCGGAUUUUGGCCAUGGUUGGAGCAUCAACAUUUCAGUUGAAAUUAUAAAUUCAACUACGAUCCCAAGUACUGUCAAAUUGUAAUAUACCCAUUUGCUAAGUUUGUCAAUGUUUUAAACCAAGAGGCCAGGCAAUUUAUUACUAUAUUAUUCUAUGGGUUUCCAGUCCAUGUUUUGGUACUUAUUUAUUAGAGUGGCCUCUAAAGUAGAAUAUAUCAACUUGAGUUUUCAUUAGGGCUGAAGAUCUUUAUGAAGUAAUAAAGAGUUGUGUCUUUGAGUUCUAUACUUAAUUUGUUUCCU